CUGAAACCAGCUGGAACAGUUGAGUUCCAUUCCUGGACCUGAAGGAGAGCUCUGUGUAGCUUGAAAGCGUCUCUCUCGCACCAUCAGAAGUUGGCCCAGUAAAAGAUAUUACCUCACGCAUCUUAUCACGUCAUAGUGCUCUUUUCAAGACUGAAUAAAGAUCGGACUGCAGACUGUAUUUAUGAGCAUGGCCACCCAGAGUGACUUGACUAAACUGGAUUAUCAUACGAGUUAUAGCUCGGUGUCACCUCCAUACAGCAAUCCAUUUAACCACACAGACAUCAUAUGUGGAAAAAGCCGUGCUCAGCAGUUUGCUCAGACUUUCCUUCCAGCCUUUUUCUGGAUUAUAUUCUGCAUUGGAACAGUGGGCAAUGCCUUAGUCAUCUUGGUCUUCUGGAAGUACAGAUACUGGAAGACCGUCAUUGAAAGCUAUCUUCUACACCUGGCCAUUGCUGAUCUGUUGCUCCUUUUCACUUUCCCUUUCUGGGCUAAAGCAGCUACAAGUGGUUGGAUCUUUAAGAAUGUCAUGUGUAAAAUUGUCAACAGCAUGUACAAGAUCAACUUCUACAGCUGUAUGUUGUUUCUAAUGUGCAUUAGUGUUGACAGGUACUUUACAAUAGUCCAGGCAAUGAAAGCUAAGAACUCUAAGCAAAAAAGGCUUCUGCGCAGUAAACUAGUUAUCUUUGGCAUUUGGCUUAUUGCAAUAGGCUUGUGCAUCCCAGAAAUAGUGUACAGCGAAUCUAAGCAAGCUAAUGAUAUAAUUACUUGCAAAAUGACUUAUCCUCCCAGUGUUACCAGAACCAUCAAAGUUACUGCCCUAUCUUUGAAAAUCACCGUAGGGUUCCUCCUCCCUCUCUUUGUCAUAGUUACUUGCUAUGCUUUUAUAAUCCAUGCCCUUCUUCAAGCCAAAAGAUUCCAAAAGCACAAAUCAUUAAAGAUCAUCAUCCUUAUUAUCACAGUUUUCGUCCUCUUCCAGUUGCCCUACAACAGCAUUUUGCUGGUUAAAACUAUCGACACCUACACCAUGGUCAUAUAUGACUGCAACACCUUGGACAACAUUGACCUUGCAUUCCAGAUAACUCAGAGCAUUGCCUUCCUUCACAGCUGCCUGAACCCUUUCCUCUAUGUAUUUGCUGGGGAGAGAUUUCGUAAAGCCCUCGUUGAAAUUCUGGACAACACAAUUCACCGUACUGGCAAGAGCCAAGAACAGAGCUCUUCCAUAUAUGAUAGCCAAGGAGGGAGUGCAAGAUGGUUUUCUGCUUUGCUGGGGAGAUCUAAAGUCAGGGACUCUCUUACUUUGAGUACGCAACCAAAUUCCUCAUUCACACUCAACUUAUUCCAAGCUCCUUUUGAAGUUACUGGGAACCUGGCCAGAGGAAGAAUCAGUGAAUGCAGUGCUCUGUAAGGCUAG